AUGGUAGUGCAGAGGAAGCAGCACUCACAGAGAACUCUGAGAUACUUACCAAGAAAAGGACCCUCAUCAGUGCUGCCAUCUUGUGGGAGCGAAACCAAUGCCUGGCUCAGAGCAGCCACUGCUGAGGUCUCUGGCCAGUGUCACUGCCAGGAAUCCAUAAGGAUAGGGAAUAUCUUCGUGAACCUCUUCAAGGGCCUCAUUGGCAAAAAAGAAAUUCAAAUUCUCAUGGUGGGCCUGGAUGCUGCCAGGAAGACGAUGAUUCUGUAUAAACUGAAGCUUGGUGAAAUUGUGACCACCAUUCCUACUAUAGGUUUCAGUGUUGAGACUGUCAAACACAAGAGCAUCAGCUUUACCGUGUGGGUUGUGGGUAGCCAGGACAAGAUCCGGCCACUGUGGAGCCACUACUUCCAGAACACCCAAGGCUGGAUCUUUGUGGCAGAUAGCAAUGACAGAGAGUGUGUGAAUGAGGCUCGUGCAAAGCUCAUGAGGAUGCUGGCCAAGGACAAGCUCCAGGAUGCCAUCCUCCUUGAGUGUGCCAACAAGCAGGACCUCCCCAAUGCGAUGAAUGCAGCUGAAAUCACAGACAAGCUGGGGCUGCACUUUCUACACCACAGGAACUGGUAUACUAAGACAGCCUGUGCCACCAGUGGGGAUGGGCUCUACGAAGGACUGGACUGGCUGUCUAAUCAGCUCUGGAAUCAGAAGUGA